GCCAUAGCCGAGCGAUCAACGAUUGAUGACGAUCGUUGAUCAGAUCAGAUCAAGGGGGGAUUGGCUGAAACAUCAUCAAACAGCAUCAUCAACAGUACUUCGACCACAACGCUUUUCGGCAUACAGUACAGUUCAUACGCAACAUAGACAUCGAAGCACACGUGCAGGAUGAUCGGCCGAACCUUCCUCCCGGCAGCUCGACAGAGUGCGGUUUGCGCACGCGCACCGUAUCUUCCAUCAACACUCCUAUUGACCUCAGCCUUACGUCCGACCUCGCUCUCAUUCUUCAGCUCUUCCUCUCAAACUCAGAACCUAUGCCAACGACGAAUACCCAUACAAAGACGUCUUCUGAACAGCGCCUCCCACGCUCAUACCCCUGAACUAGUCUCCGUUCACAAGCACAAACUCGGAUCCGUCCCCAGCCCAGCCGAGAACAUCGGAGAACCCCCUAUAAAGCAACCCAACAAAGAGGAGAAGAGGAGGGGAAAACUGUGGGACUCGGCGGACGAGGCGGUGAGGGAUUUGAAGAGUGGGAGUGUGAUCUUGAGCGCCGGAUUCGGUCUAUGCGGCGUAGCAGAAACCCUAAUAACCGCCCUGAAAAACCAUCCUAACUUGGACGACCUGAGCUUUGUCAGUAAUAACGCUGGGAUCACGCAUACGGGCGGGUUGGCCCCUCUCAUCGAGCACGAACACAAGGCCUCAUCACAACCAAAAGCUAGACCGAAAGUCCGCAAGAUAACCCUCUCCUACGUAGGGACCAACAAAGCCCUGGAACGUAAAUACCUCUCCGGCCUUAUCCAGCUCGAACUCAGUCCACAAGGUUCGAUCGCUGAGAGGCUCCGGUGUGCCGGACACGGGAUCCCUGGGGUAUGGACGAGGACGGGUGUGGAUACUGUUGUUGAGCACGGGGGGAUCGUUCAGAAGUACGUCCCCGACGCCUCGAAUGGCGAACAAAAAGGACAAGAAGGGGUUGUGGGUAAAGAUAGAGAUAGAAGUGGAGCGUAUGAUAGGGAGGUAGAGAUCCCCGGGGACAAGAAAGAGACCAAGAUCAUCGAUGGCAAGAAGUACUUGUUCGAGCCUGCGAUCAAGGGGGACGUGGCGAUCUUACGGGCUUGGAAGGUGGAUAAAGCUGGGAAUUGUCGGUUCAGGUAUACAACUCGGGCUUUCGCACCGCUCAUGGCCAAGGCUGCCAAGUUGAGCAUCGUCGAGGCGGAAAACAUCGUCGAGAUCGGCGAACUAGGACCGAUGGACAUCGACCUCCCUGGAAUCUACAUCGACCGGAUCGUGCCGGCCACUAUAGAUAAGUCGAUCGAGAUCGUGACCUUGCGCAAGCCCAAAACCGGGUCCGAGAAGAAGGACGACACCGCAUCCAACAAAGCUAACAAAGAAGACGCCACAUCGGACCCCAAACUCACCGCCCGUCUCAAACGUGAAAAGAUCGCCCGCCGAGCUGCCAAAGAGCUCAAAGACGGGUAUUACUGCAAUCUGGGCGUCGGGAUGCCCGUCCUCGCUGCGUCCUACUUGGAACCCGGUGUCAAGGUCUGGUUGCAGAGCGAGAACGGGAUCUUGGGUAUGGGAGAGUACCCGACGGAGGACGAGGUCGAUGCCGACAUCAUCAACGCCGGUAAAGAGACUGUCACGCUCGUCCCCGGUGCGAGCGUGUUCGACAGUUCAGAGAGCUUUGGGAUGAUCCGGGGCGGGCACGUCGACGUGUCGAUCCUGGGCGCCAUGGAGGUCAGCGCAUCCGGCGACCUAGCAAACUUUAUGAUCCCCGGUAAACUCGUCAAGGGCAUGGGCGGGGCCAUGGACCUAUGUUCGAACCCGGACGAUACCAAAGUGAUCGUCGUCACCGACCACCUGGACAAACACGGCCAGCCCAAGGUGGUCUCCGAAUGCUCGUUACCUCUUACCGCAUCGAGGGCGGUCAGUAGGAUCAUCACCGAUAUGGCCGUAUUCGACGUGGAUCGCCUCGGUGGCGGUGGGUUGACUUUGGUAGAAAUAGCUGAAGGGGUCACGGUGGAUGCGUUGAGGGAGGUUACCGGGGCUGAAUUCCAGGUGGCAGAGCAUCUGGGCGAGUUCCGCUAGAGAGGACCGCCAGGGUCAUGAGAGCAGGAUUUGUACGAAUCAUCGAGGAUUGUAUCUUUAGCAUAAUGAGAUGGUUGCAUCGUAACGCAG